UGUGUUGUGCAUAUUGGUGUGCUUUCAGUUUAAUUUAAAAUUUACUCUAACGUAAUUAUUACAAUUUUAAUAGAAAAUGAAUGUAAAAGAAGUAAACAUAGCUUUAAACGUAGGGGAUCAAUUAACAUCGACAUCGUGUGGCCACGUAGUGGUAGAAUUAAUCAAAUUUAUUGCAUAUCAGCGCCUCCAAAUUCCCUACACGUAUCAGUGGUUGAAACAAAUUGUGAAUAAAAAGAUACUUAGCGAGGAUUGUAGUGUCAAAGGAAAUUUGCAAUCUGAAAGGCAUUUCCGGAUUGUAUCAACAGCGUUACAUAAUUUGGAUUCCAUGUUAAAGAGUCUCCUACAAGAGAUUAGUGGUGCUUCCAUGCCCCAGGAAGUAUGUAUAACACUGGGAGCUACGCCGGUGACAUGUAAAGAAGUUUACAGAUUCAUCCUGCCUACACUGUGCCACAAACCUCAGUGCCAAUCAGAACUUAUCUUGAAGGACAACAAAUUACAAACCAGUGUGUUCAGAAGGCUAGUGACAUCAGAGGACCUAAGCCAGGCAUUUUCAAGCCCCCUUCCUCCGACCAACAUGCAUGUGUUCCUGAAGAAGAAACUAAUUCGACAACAAACAGAGCUAAUAGUGAACAGUGAUAACUUCUUGCCGGCCAGCGGCAGUAGAAUACCAAAGAGUUCCAGGGUAUUUGUCAUUGAUUUUAGAGCACAAAAUGAGGAGAAUGUCUCAUGCUGUAAUGAGUUUGCAAUUUUUGGGGAUGGCCUCAGUGAUCAUAUGGCAAAGUUGCAGGUUACUGGCAACACUGAUGAUGCCGAGUUCUGUAAGAUCCAAUCAACUGAUGAAGUGAAGUGGUACCAGUCCACAUAUGUGAUGAAGGGAUUUAAAGAUUGCGUCAUCAAUGGCAGCUCAGUUACUAAUACAUGGAUUGAAUCCUGAUCACACAUAUGUUGUACUAUAAUAUAGUUAACUUGACACAAGCAAGUACAUACUUAGUUUAAGUAUAACUUAGCUCAAUUAUACAUAGAGAUACUAUAAAACUAGUAUAGAUAGGUUACAAUUUUUAUGACAAUGUGACUGACUGAACUGCAGGGGCUUUUCCUGCAUGUUGACUUUCAGAGCUUCUGAAAAGAAUUUCCAACCUGAAAGAGAUAUCACAUAAUUUUUUUAAGUGAACUGCAUCUUAAUUUGAAUGCAUUUCAAAUAGUUUUUUACUUUUAUGCUCAAUUUAAU